CUGCUUCUUCAGCGCUAAGGAUGGAGACGGUGAAAUGAGCAUCGCUGUUUGUGCGACAGCCCUAUACGUCGUCCAUAGCGGUCGUGAUCCUUUACAGCCUCCAUAGCAUUGAUUUGGUGUAAACACGUGAUGCUGUUAUCGUAAAUCUGCCUAAAUGAGCCUGUAUUUGGCUUUUUUUUUUUUUUUUUUGAAAGGGCGUGCGUAAAGGGGACGUGAAGGAUCAAUGUACGCUUCAGAUGACAAGUCGGUAAUUAACGGGAGACUCCCUGUAGCUGUACAUGUAGUCUGUUUUUUUAAACACAAUGUGCUUGAGUUUAUAUUUAAUUAGAUUAUUCUGUCUGUGUUCCUCGCCAGGUUCUGGUAGCGUUAUUAAAUGGCUCCAUGACUGGACUGAGACAUGGCCUAACUGGGCUAAUUUUCUGCCUCUGUCAUUGGCCGAUUACAGAUCAUCAGCUGCGGCUGCUUCCGAGCACAGUUGAUCUGUUGUCAUUUGUUAAAAGGAGAUUCAUAUCUGCGGACUGCACGAAUCCGUGUGUGGUCAAGCGUCUAAAGAGCAAAUGUGGGCCACUUGGAGCCAGGGCAGUGAGGGACUGAGGCGGUCCUCCACAGGGGAGUGAGGAGGGGAGAUGUCAGGUCCGGUUGGGAUUGAGUUGAUGCACAAACAGGAGCUAUGCCUAAAAUAUGACAAAGUGUGCGUAAUUAAAUCCCACGAAUUCACCUAUAGCUCCCCCAGAGCGUGAGUCAGCAAGGCCUGUGUGCUGCUGCUGAUGCUCCUGCUGCAGAGGGAGGGAGUGUUUGUUCCACUGAAAAGAGCUCUUGUGCUGUUUGGACUGCAUGGGAAUCCUGACAGCUGCCUGGGAAUCAUAUGAGAGAUGUGGUUUACGAUGGUGUGGCUCGAGGAUUUGGUGACGGGGCAAGAAAUUCACUUUGGGACUUUAAAAGGAUGCCUGGAAAACUCAGGAUGCAUUAAGGGUCAAAGGUGAGCUCGAGAGGCAGAGAUGAGUCUGACUUCCUGGUUCCUGGUGAGCUGCGGGGGGACUCGCCAUCGUCUCCCCCGAGAGAUGAUCUUUGUGGGGAGGGACGACUGUGAGCUAAUGCUUCAGUCCCGCAGUGUUGACAAACAGCACGCCGUCAUCAAUUAUGAGCCAAAUACAGAUGAACAUAAAGUUAAAGACCUGGGCAGCUUAAACGGGACAUUUGUCAAUGAUGUCAGAAUACAGGAGCAAAUCUAUGUCACGCUGAAAAUUGAUGACAAACUGAGGUUUGGAUACGAUACCAACCUGUUCACUGUGGUUCGAGGAGAGCUGCAUAUUCCUGAGGAGGCCCUCAAGCAUGAGAAGUUCAGCAGCCAACUUCAGCUGAACCAGAAGAAAACUCCAGCACCAGAACCAUCCAAACCUGAAUUGAAACCGUCUGAGACAGCAUCAGCACUAGUGUAUGAGGCGGCCACCACCAAGCCCUCUGAGGCCAGCAGGACGGAGGAGAAGCCAACAGGGGACAUAGCAGUGUUGCACAGAGGUACCCCUCUUUAUGGUCAACCUGCCUGGUGGGGAGAUGGAGACGCUGAUGACCAGCAGCAAUUGAGGCCUGAGGAAAAGAUCUCAGACUGGAAGCGAGAAAAAGCUGAAACAGACACCAAGAAAAGUGCAGAGAUCCCAAAGUCUGCUCAGCAAACAACCUCCAAUCAGGAGCCUAGCUACUUUGAGAUCCCAACCAAGGAUACUCCCUCAGCAGGUAAAGGCGGAGGUGAGCCUCCUUCCCGAGAGCAAGAGGCCGGCGCUCCAGCUACUACAGAGCCUAUCCAUGGCCACGCCUCCUUCACCAUUGAGUUUGACCCUGGAGCGUCAGGCAAAGUGACCGUCAAAGAUCGUGUGGCAAAGGUAGGACCGGAGACCAAACCACGCCCCAAAAGACCUGCUGGGGAGGAGCUGAGCCCUCUUCAGACAGCCAUGGUGGCAGCUGAGGUCAAAGUUGCUGACUGGCUGGCCCAGAAUGAGCUGCCACUGGCUCUAAAAGAGACGGCUGCAGAGGAUGAUGGCGAAAGUGUGAAGAGCGAUGUGCCUGUACAACUGAGGAGUCUUAAAGGCAGUAAACAUGAGGAUGGCACUCAGAGCGAUUCAGAAAACGCACUGGGAGAACAGCGUCGGGCUGCAGUACUGGAGGAGCGUUCGUGGGGGCUUUGGGGAGGUGCGGGGAUGAAGAUCAGAGAAGGUCGUGCCAAUGUACCAGAAGGUCUCUUUGCAGAGGAGGACAGUCCUGCUCGGCGUCGCAAGUCUUCUACUUCCAAAGUGGCGGGCGGAUUUCCGGAGAGGCGACGUGGCUCGGCACCACAUCAGCAAAGUGGGCGUGAAGAGUGCUGUCAUCACAGAGAUGAUUACAGCGACAGAGGGACUUACACUAUUGAGCUGGAGAACGGAGAUCAUGAAGAAGAAGAGGCAAGGAAGCUGAUCGACAAGGUCAGGAAGACAAAGGUGUUUGGUGUGGAUGAGCAGUCUGGUUGUGUGUCCAGGUUGGGAAGCGCUGACCAAAGAGAGAGACUCACCUCCCAGAGGUCUGGUCCUGGAGACAGAGGAAAGCCUGGACGUAUGGAGACAGAGGUCUUGUCUGAGGAACUUGUGGUGGGUGGUCCUCGCUGGGUGUCACAGUGGGCUACUCUAGCAGCCAGCCACAUCAGGACAGACCCUGAGGGGUCAGGAGGUGACAGCCACGCCAUGGUCACCGAGGACAGAGGUAAUUUAGCUGAAAUAAGUGAAUCCAGCCAUUCGGCCUCCUUUCCCUCCUCUGGCUACAUAGAGCGUAAGAGGAGGACCCUUCCCCAGCUGCCUGGUGAGGAGCUCAAUCUGGGGAGGAGGACUCCAGGCGCAGGCCUGCGUACAGAUAUGGGGGAGAAACAGGACACAGAGCUACAAGAGAAAGAGAACCAGGAGGAGAAGGUGUCCAGGGGGAAGAAUCGGCCCAGUCAUGGCACCAGAGGUGUUGGCAGUCACAGUGGCAGCCCCAGUCGCACCUCACCAGCCAAAUCACAAGACAGCGGUGGUGGGAGAUCAAGUCAGUCAGGUGUGUUGGCCAAACUACCACCUCGUCCAAUGACCAGUGGGGAGAAGAGAAUGGAGGAGGCAAGGAGGAGGAAAAAGGAAGAUGAGAAAGCAAGGGAAAGUAGUGGGAAGCCAUUGUUGAGGCAGGAGAGUUUCACUGUGGAGAAACCGAGUGCCAAUGUGCCCAUUGAGCUCAUACCACGCAUUGAUGGGCUCAGUGGCACCAGAACUCAAUGUAGGGAGGCAGGCAUCGAUAGCGCCACGCUGCAGAAGGAUUCGGAGGCUGUGGCAGCCUUUCUAGAGACCACUGUGUCAGACCAAGGUGAUCCUCCAAGUCAGUCAAUAGAGGGCUCCAUGUCGCCAGAGUCUGAUGUGGACACAACAAGCACAGUAAGCCAGGCUGAUGGAGCGAGGAAAGUCGUACAGAAACGCCGGACUCUUGCAGGACAGCAGAAGGAGAGAACAAUAGUCUGCUCAUCCAGCAAGGGUCCCACUGGGGGCAGAGAGCCCCAGGACAGGAGGGUCAAGAACAGAACAUCUGGUCCUUCACAGCCCAGUCGCCCCUGGACUUCACUGGAUCUCACAGACGAUGAUGUCAACUCCAACUCACUCCUUUCAGACUCACAGCCCACUUCCACGCAGGAAUCCAGAAGCUCACAUGCCAGAGCCCCGACUGGAAGCACAACAGUGGGAGCCAGCACCAAAUCUAGUCGGGCUAAGAUCACGCAAGCCCCAGCCUCCUCUGCACCCAGUAAAGCCACCAAUGUCCCCAAGCCUCGGCCCACCAGGGCAUCCUUGUUGAGGCGAGCACGGCUAGGGGAUUCAUCAGACACCGAACCUGCUGACCUGGACCGGAUGUCAGUGGCCUCUGAGGCCUCAACCACGAGUUCCACCUCCAGGACAGGGAUGGCAAAACGAGGAAUGUCCAGGAUAGAAGCUCUGGCACAGCCGAGGAGGCCAAGGGUGGGCUCCCCAUCGGCACAGAGUGACUCAGAGGCCACUGUGACUAGAAAUAGAGGUCUGGGGGCUCGCAGUGCUGCAGGUGAAUAUGGCAUCAGACAAGGACUGAGAGGGUCCAAUGUGAACUCAGUGUCUGGACCCAGAGCCAGAGCUAACAGCGCCUCCAAGCUGCCUGACAAGAGCAAAGGAACCUCCUCAUAUGGACAUGUCACACCUGCAUCUGGCACGCGGUGGCGUCGUGUUCCGGUGGAGUACGCCUCCACCUCGGAGGAUGAGUAUGGCUCAAAUCGCCACAUCUCCAAACAGGGUCACACUCGACCGUUCCCUUCUACCCGAGUAGCCCAACUAGGAGGUUCAGCUCCAGCAACCCCUAAUCCUGCAGGACUGGCUGCCCUGAAACAGCAAUCCAGAGAGCAGGAUGAUUAUAUGAGAGACUGGACAGCACACAGCGAGGAAAUAGCCAGGAUUAGUCAAGAUCUAGCCAAAGACCUAGCCAUGCUCGCUAGAGAGAUUCAUGAUGUAGCAGGCGAGAUCGACUCUGUCAGCCCUGCUGCCACUGACCCUGGAGCUCUGUUGGAGGAGCAUGUAUUUGAUGACAACCUGGACCUGGGCGGUGCCUCCACAGAACAGGGAACCAAUGGGCGGUCUGUGGAGCUUCGACCUCGUGGCUCUAACGGAAAGAGCUCUCGCUCCAUCCGCCGGCAGACAUGGAACAGAGAUGAUGCGAUCCUAGACAGUUUACUAUUAGCUUCUGUGACUCAACUCUCAACCAGGAUACGCCAGUCUGUUGACAAAACAACUUGCAAAAUCAGGAUCCUCUUCAAGGAUAAGGAGCGAAAAUGGGAAGAGAUUGAGGCCAAACUGCAAGCAGAGCAUGACUCCUUAUUACUCAAGAGCUCCAACAAGGAGAUUUCAACCAUCAUUCAAGACUUGAAGAGAGUGGAAAGACAACUGACAGUAAUCGACAUGAUGGUGGACCCAGAUGGAACCUUGGAUGCUCUAUCCAACCUGGGCCUGACCAGUCCUCUGACAGACCCGAAGCUCAGUCCCGGGACCCAGCAGGAGGCAUCAGUGUUGCAUCCCAGAGCUGAAGCUGCCCUUUCAGCCACUAGGCCUGAAGGACUUUCCACUGAACCCUGUGAAGCCUCAGACCAAACGGCAGAGCGAGAUCCAGGCCCCCAGCAGAGAUCCUACAACUGACCAACCAAUGGAAAAAUUCAGAGUGCAUCCUUUACAUCGGACAUAGCCUGAAGCCCUCGAAGCAGACCUUGGUGUGAGCUUAGAAGAUUUUUUUAGUAUGUGGUUUGAGAUUAAGGAAGCUGAGUGAUGCCUUUUCUAACAGGAAAGCAUGGCCUCUCUGUCAGUGAAGCUGAAUCAUGCUGGGACCGUAAAAGUCUGACACUGUCAAGAGGAAGCUCUUGGGAUGGCAGACGUACUAUUUGAAAACAUUACAGUAUUAAUUGCUGGGCUUUUAAAGAAGCUUUGACAUCAUAUAAAGUUACUCCAUCUGUGUUUUUGUGUUGCAGCUCAUUCUUGCUAUCCAUUAUCCUCAAAAAGCAUUUGACAAAAGGACAUAUGUAAUGUUAGGCUAAGUCCUCUUUUUAGUCAUGUUCCUGUUUUGUCCCAGAACAGAUAGAACAGACCUUUAACCUUAAAAUCUUUGUGAUGGAUGCAAAAGCUUGUCUUAAUGCCAAUGAAACCCAAACUACAAAGGUGCAGUGCUGUCCAAAAAAAAGUGCAAAGGAGGUGUGUAAGUGUGAAAUGUUCUUAUAUCCUGCCAUAGAAUUAUUUAUCAAAAUAAAUCUAUUUUUUGGGCUGGUUUGCAGCUGCAAAGUCCAAGCCUGUCUCAGUAAUGAUUUUCCAUCAGAAGCAGCGGUGGUGCUUAUUUGCUGGGAAAAGAACUGGGUGUGUACAGUAUGUACCGGUGUAAAUGUUUCUUAUAGUCAAAUCUAAAACUUCCAUCCUUGCCUAUUUUCUCGUGCCGAUGUCAUCUGAAACCAUUGUAUCGAAGAUUGACCCUGUGUGUUGAUAGAAAUCAAAUGUAGCUCCCAGAAAAGGUUUUUCCUCUUCCAAAUGUAUUUUGUCACAAGUGCCCUGGAUCAAACAAUCAUUACAGUUGGAGAUAACAGACAGUACAUUAUGGAGAAGAAGCGAGUUUCUUUGCACAUUUCAACGCUAACACAUGCUAUUAUUAAUCUCUGAGGGACCAGGACAUGACGUGGUCCAAUCUUUUACGAUGUCCAUAUCUUUGACCAAAAGCAGGGUUUAAAGCCAGCUGUCUGGAGAUGAAUGGUUUCUCAAACUGCUUUCUGAUGGCAAACAAGAUGUUGUGUUUGAACCAGCAUAGACAGGGACUACCUCUGAGUCCUGCGGCUGCAUUUUAUCAUUAUCGAUGCAACGGUACGGUCGACUGUGUAAUGACUGUAGGUUUUCCAAUGUCUCGCCUCAUACAAAUGUUUACACAUGAAUGUAACCAGAUCAGAACUGUUGGAUAACACUUUAGCCAAAACGACUUUAAUAAAUAAUUGCAUUUUGUGCUCAUACUUUGUCUUUAAUUCUGUUUGAGCAUUUGGAGAAUUUUUUUUGUUUGGAUGUUUUGUAUGAAGUUUUUUUUUCCCCUCUUCUUUGUAUUGAUGUCAGGUUAAAUGUUGACCUUGCAAUAUCUGUGUACUGUUUGUCUCAUUUCCAAUAAAAUGCAUGGUAAUCAUGA